UUGUUAAUGAUUUUAUUUGGCAAGCUAAACAAAAAAAUAUCAAAGAUAUUACCAAUUGAAACGUGACGCGAGAUAUGAAGAGUGUGAAAAGUAGUCGCUAGAGGGCGAUUAUGUUUCGGAAAGAUGCGUUUAGUAGAAUAUAGUGUACCCAGAAUGGUUGUGAUAUUUGUAUGGUUUAAGAUUAUUUAUUAAUUAUUUAUCAUGCCGUAAAUAAACACAAAAAAUUAAAAGUACCCGAAGAGCUGCAAUUACACUGAUUGCUUUCGUGGACGAUUUUCCGGUGACGGGGGAUGUCGGACGAGGAGAGGAGCGAGGAGGAGAAGCCGUUCGCGGUGGAACGGGCGAAGACCGGACGCGCCAAGUGCAAGAAGUGCAAGUGCCCGAUAGAAAGGGACGCCAUAAGGAUGGCCAAGCUGGUCGCGAAUCCCUUCUCCGACGGCAAGAUGAAGGCGUGGCACCAUCUGAGCUGCCUGUUCGAAGUGUUCGCCAAGCAGAGGGCCUCCACCAAGAGGAUAGACGACCCCGAGGAAGACGUGAGCGGCUGGUCGGAACUCUGCGACGAGGACAAGGCCACGAUCCUUCGUAGAAUCGAGGAGUUUGAAAAUUCGUCUCCGUUCAAGACUCCAAAAACCAAGCCUGCGGCAAAUCGAUCACCACCCGGCUCGAGGAAACGGAAAGCAACCGAUGUCGCGGCUACCACGGACAACCCCUCGCCGGAGAAAAAAUCGAAAAACGCGAAGAGAAGCUCGACGUCCUCCGACGACGCCUCCAGCUCGGGAAAAGAGACCUCGGAGAAGGGGCGAAAACGGAAGAAGACGACCAGAGACGAUGCGUUCGAAGAGUUUCAGCGGGUCUGCCGGGACAUUGCCAAGGUCGACGCCUACACCGACAAGACGGCCGUUUUGAGGAAGAUGUUGGUCAACGGCUCCGAAGGCGAUGGUUUCAAGAGUGACGUGAAGCUGUGGUGCAGGAUGCUGCUACCCGGGACAGCGAAGAGGGUGUACAACCUGCAGAGCAAGCAGCUGGUCAAGCUGUUCUCUCGUCUGCUGUUGCACAGCGAGAACGAGAUGCUGGAGCAUCUGGAGAAGGGGGACGUCGCCGAAACCAUCCGGACGUUCUUCGAGAGGAGCUCCGCUCUCGAGCCAGCCCCGAGAAGCCUGCUCACCAUUCAGGAGGUGGACGAGUUUCUGGAGAGGUUGUCGUGUUUGACCAAAGAGGACGAGCAGGUCCACCACUUUCGGUCGAUCGUUUCUAGAUGCACCGCCAGCGACCUGAGGAUGAUCGUCCGGCUGAUCAAGCACGAUCUGAGGAUAAACGCUGGCCCAAAGCACAUUUUAGCCGCGGUGCACCAGGACGCGUACGAGGCGUUUCAAACAUCCAGGGACUUGGACAGCGUCGUUGAGCGAUGCUUGCGCGGAUCCUGGAAAUCCGACGAACCGUCCUCGUCAUCGUCCUCGUCGCUGGGUCCAUCCUCCGACGUCAAGAUCAAGCUUUCGCUGAUGACGCCUGUUUUACCGAUGUUGGCGGAGGCUUGCAAGUCCGUGGAGAUGGCGAUGAAGAAGUGCCCGAACGGAAUGCUGGCCGAGGUGAAGUACGACGGGGAGCGAGUUCAGGUGCACAAGAUGGGCAACGUGUUUCGAUAUUACAGCCGAUCGUUGAAACCGGUGCUUCCUCACAAAGUGAACCUGUUCAAGAAUUACAUCCCAGAAGCGUUCCCGGACGGCGACGAUUUGAUUCUGGACUCGGAAAUCCUCAUGAUCGACACCACGACUGGACAGCCGUUGCCCUUUGGUACCUUGGGCGUUCACAAGAAAGCUAAAUUUAAGGACGCCAAUGCCUGCUUGUUUGUUUUCGAUUGCAUCUACUACAACGGAGACGUUUUACUGCACAGAUCUAUGAUGGAACGGCGACGAAUUUUGUCGGAGAGGAUGACGGAGAUACCAAACAGGAUAAUGCUCUCGGAAGUCAAGGAAGUUCACAAAUCCCAAGAUUUGGCCGAGAUGAUUGCCAGGGUUCUCAAAAUGGGCCUCGAGGGCUUGGUCCUCAAAGACAUCCGCAGCAAAUACGAGCCGGGUAAACGACAUUGGCUGAAGGUAAAGAAGGAUUAUUUGUGCGACGGUGCAAUGGCCGAUAGUGCAGAUCUCGUUGUGCUUGGCGCAUGGUACGGCACGGGAAACAAAGGCGGUAUCAUGUCUAUAUUCCUGAUGGGUUGCUACGACGAAGAUCACGACAAUUGGGUAACGGUGACCAAAGUACACACUGGUCACGAUGACGCGACUUUAGCGAUGCUUCAGGACCAGCUCGACAUGGUAAAGAUUGGUAAAGAUCCGAGCAAAGUACCCUCCUGGUUGCGCGCCAACAAACCAAUGAUCCCCGACUUCGUUGCAAGGGAUCCGAAGAAGCAGCCAGUGUGGGAGAUAACAGGCGCCGAGUUUACCAAUCAAGGUGUUCACACGGCUGAUGGUAUCAGCAUCAGGUUCCCGCGGGUAACGCGCAUCCGUCACGACAAGGAUUGGUCCACUGCCACCAGCUUGAACAACCUGCGACGCCUUUUCAAGCGGAGUUCCGAGUCGAUAGAUCUCGGACUUCUCUUGCCACCGAGCUCCGAGUUUUCUCGAGAGGAUGACGACGAGGACGACUCGCCGAGGCUCGAAAGAAAAUCGAAGUCUCCGUCGAAGAGAAACGACGGUACCAAGUCGAUCAAGAAGAAUUCUUCUCCGAGGAAAUUGUUUGGAAAGUUGAAAGACAGUGCGAAAUCCGACUCUACCGGAAGGAAUAACGAAGAGAUCAGUUUGUCUGGCAGAGAGCGCGCGGAAAGGGCGGAAUUUUAUGCUUUCGUAAAUGGAGAUUAUAUAGAGUACACCGGUGCGGGAAUUCCACUGAACUGGAUCGAAGAACGAAAACCAAUGGACGGUCUACCGCCGGAUGCAAAACCGUUGUCUAAUCUGACGAUUAACGAGCUGAGGUCUGAGAGCGUUUUAAAGGGCGCGACGGUUAGCCUGGCGCCGGGAUUCGAAAACGACAGGGGAAAGGAGAUUCACAGGCUACUCAAGACUCUCGGAGCCAAGGUGUUGAACGAUCGAGAGCGAUCUGCAAGCGCGUACGUGGUCCACUCUUGCGCGGUGAUACCAUCGUCCGUUGUUCGCGAGUUCGAGGACGUGGCGAGGACAGCGCGGCACGUGAGCGUCUCCUGGCUCGAGGCGACCGCCUCCACCUCGCAAGCUCAGCCGGCGGAGCAACACGCCGUACAACUGGUCGCCGAUUACUGCUCUUGCCCAUGUCUGCAUCAAUGACGGCCACGUUUUUGUUCCUUCCGUGAGUGAGACACGAAGUUUUCUUGCUUCGUCGUCGUCGUCGAUGUUCCAAAAACAAUUUUUUUCGACGCUCGUUUGAGAACCGCGUUUCCACGGCCAAAACUCAAUUUUUCCAGUUCGCAAUUUUCAUGAAAUUUGUUUUCUAUGAAGCUAGAACUCUGUAAAACUCUGAA